CUGACGAGUUUACUGUUAGAGCACCCCCGAAGAAGAAAAGGCGGAAGUGCUAGAAUAGCUGCCAACGAUUCAAGUGCACGACGAGGGGCAAAGCGCGAGGUUGAAUUCGUUCUCUUGUGAGCUCGUCGAACUGUCUACAACAUCAUAAUGCUGAAAGACUUGGUAAGGGAGCGACUCAUUGCGGCCGCCGACGAAAUCUUCGGACUGUUUGAAACAACGAUAGCGUCGUACGAGGAGCAACUUUGUCGAGCAAAAGCGGAGAACGAACUACAAAGACAACAACUGGAAGCUGUUUGCAAGACUCAAGUUGUGCUACAUGUCCAAGACAUCCAACAACGCAGAAGUUCCAGUUUGAAGCAGGAGCAUCUACAGUCCCCUCACAUUAAGGAGGAAAAGGUGGAGGCUGACAUCAGCAAGUUGCCACUGACUGCUCCCCAUGUUGAGAGUGUAGAUGGCAACGACGAACCACCCGAGUCGUUACAGUUUCAUCAUCACAGUCCAAGUCGAAACCGCUGUGGAGGACCACCGCCAGAUGACCUUUUAGCCCCACUGUCAGAUUGUGAUGACAUGGAAGAACUUUUGGGGAGUGAUGUAGAACGUGAAGACAUCCAACAACACAACAGUUCCAGUUUGAAGCAGGAGCAUCUACAGUCCCCUCACAUUAAGGAGGAAAAGGAGGAGGCUGACAUCAGCAAGUUGCCACUGACUGCUCCCCAUGUUGAGAGUGUAGAUGGCAACGACGAACCACCCGAGUCGUUACAGUUUCAUCAUCAAAGUCCAAGUCAAAACCGCUGUGGAGGACCACCGCCAGAUGACCUUUUAGCCCCACUGUCAGAUUGUGAGGACAUGGAAGAACUUUUGAGGACUGAUGUAGAACGUGAAGGUGACGACAAACAGUCGAAUCACUCUGAAAAGAUGACGACUUUUGACAAAGAGGAAACUUCACAAAUGUGUGAACAACAUUUUACUUGCUCAAUUUGCGGUAAACAUUUGGCUAACAACUCAAUAUUGAUGAGACACUUAAGAACUCACACUGGAGAAAAACCAUUUGGUUGUAUAGUUUGUGGUAAAAGAUUUACUCAAAAGCCGAGCAUGGUAUCCCACAUGAGAACACACACAGGAGAAAAACCCUUUGUUUGCUUAGUUUGUGGUAAAGCGUUCACUCAGAAGCCACAUCUUGUAUCACACAUGAGAACACACACAGGAGAAAAACCCUUUAGCUGUUCAAUUUGUAGUGGAAGGUUUCGUCAUAGGUCCAAUUUAAAUGCACACAUGCGCAGACACCAAACAGAGAGAAUAAAUGUGUUGCAAUAGUCCACCCCAAAAAAUUACUUAAAAUCUGUAAAUAUUCAGUUUUUUUUCUUUGCGGUACACUACAAAUUAUUGUUGUCAUCAUCGUACUGCACAGCUGACUCAUCAUUAUCAUCUUUACUCAAUUUUUAUAUUUGGUAACAAUUUCCUUGUGUAUUUAAUAGGGCUGCGUAUUAAGGACCUCACGAUAUUAUACAGUUCGAUUCAGUUAGAUUUUUAUUUCUUAGGGUGUGUUUUGAUUUGAUAUUGAUUUAAAUGCUUUAUCGAUUCAGUAAGAUAAAUAUACAGCGGCUGAAAUAAGUAUUUAACAAGUCACCACUUUUCUCAAAUAUAUUUCCAAAGUUGCUAUUGACAUGAAAAUUUCACCAGAUGUUGAGAACAACCCAAAUAAUCCAUACAUACAAAAGUAUUGAACACGCCAACUGGUAUUUAUUUAAUACUUUAUACAAAAGCCAUUGUUUCCAAUGACAGCUUCAAGAUGCCUCCUUUUUGGAGAAACUAGUUGCAUGCAUUGCUCUGGUGUGAUUGUGGCCCAUUCCGCCACACAAGCAGUCUUCAAAUCUUGAAGGUUCCGUGGGCUUCUUUUAUGGACCUUGAGUUUCAGUUGUUAACAUAGAUUUUUGAUCCCUUUUUGGAUUCAAGUCAAGUGAUUGGCCGGGCCGUUCUAGCAGUUGCAUUUGUUUUUUCUUUGAAUCCAAUUUCCUUGGCGGUAUGUAUGUUUUGGAUCAUUAUCCAUUAUCAUCCGACCAGACUAUACUCUCACAGUAUUUAACUGGCUUGUCCAAAUCUUGUUCAGCAAACCUUUAAUGAGCUUUGACAUGCUUUUUUUCCAGCAAUGGGGUCAUGCACGGUGAGCUUGCAUACAGGCCAUGGCAGCAGAGUGCAUUACUCACUGUUUUCCUUGUGACAACAGCACCUGCUAAUUCCAGGAUUCUGUCUUGUGUUUUUGUUUCAUGCAAAUGUAACUGAUACAUUUUUUGGGGUAAAAAUUGAAGUUCUUGUUUUAUAAAAUCAUAGCUCAUUAAAUAUAUAGAUUUUCCUAGUGUAGUUGUAUUGAUGUGCAUUAAAAUACAGGGAAAAACACCAACUUAUCUUUAUUUACUAUGAUGUGAUUUUCACGGGUCUCCGAAAUACGAGAAGACGUCGGUGGACCAGUCACUUCUUGGUCAAAUAUUGCUUUAAGCAUGGUAUCGCACGUUAGCACACACUGGAGAAAACACCUUUUGUUCUGUUUGUGGUCGAAGCUAUAGUCUGAGCAAAUUUGACUGCACACAAGCUGAUGCACGAUACAGAGAAUAAAAGUUAUACAGCAGGUUGUUGUUUUCAGUUGAAUGUUAUUCUUGCGAAGAGGUGUGAAUGUUCUGUUUUGCUGUACAGUACACAACAAAUCAUUGUUGUCAUCUUCAUCAAACAGCACAAGCUGAUUCAUCGUCGUAUUGACUCAAUGUUGGCAUCUUCUUUUCUUGGUAACGAUUUACUCGUGUGUUGUGUUGUGUUUAGGCCUUCACCUAGAAAGGGAUGCGCUGCUGUGCUGUAUGUAAAAGUGUCACUGUCCAAAUACAGUGGAUACGGAAAGUAUUCAGACUCCCUUAAAAUUUUCACUUUUUUUUUAUGUUGCAGCCAUUUGCUAAAAUCAUUUAAGCUCAUUUCCCCCUUCCUACUACAGCUACUGUAUUUAUCCUCCUCUGCUCUGGUCUUGACCCGUCGCAAGAUGGCGGCCGUAUGACGUAUAAGAUGCGUUGCCGCUGUUGUAAAAGCACCAUCGAAGAAGAAAAAGGCGGAAGUUAGUAUGACGAGUCGCCCAAGCUUAACUGGACGACAAGGAGUAAAGCGCAAGGUUGAAUUUGUGAAUCUUCUGCGCUCGUUGAGCUAUCUACAGCACCAACAUGUUGAAAGAGUUGGUAAGGGAGCGACUCAUUGCGGCCGCCGACGAAAUCUUCGGACUGUUUGAAAGAACGAUCGCGUCGUACGAGGAGCAACUUGGUCGAGCGAGAGAGGAGACCGAGCGACACCGACGACAACUGGAAUCUGUUGGCGUGACUCGAAUUGUGGUACACGUGAAAGACCUCCAGCAGCAGUCGGGGGGCUCCAGUUUGGAGCAGGAGCAUCCACAACCCCUCCACCUUAAAGAGGAAGAGGAGCAUCCACAACCCCUCCACCUUAAAGAGGAUGUGAAGGAUCCACAGGACGUCCACAUCAAGGAGGAAGAGGAGAAGGCUGAGGUCACUGAGUUCCCACUGACCUGUGUUUCUGUCGGGAGUAAAAACUAUGAAGACGAACCAUGUGAGCCCUCAGAACUUCAUCAUCACAGUCUAAGUGGAGAUCAAUGUGGAAGACCACCACCAGAAAACCUUUUAGCUCCACUGUCUGACGGUGACGCCACUGAAGAAUCAUUGAGGCGCAACGACGACUAUGAAGGUGACAACGGACAAUCACAAUGCUCUGAGAUGGAGACGACUCCUGGCCGCAAGGAAACUUCACAGACAUGUAAUCGACGUUUUAGCUGCCCAGCUUGUGGUAAAAAAUUUGUUAGCAAUUCAGCACUGAUUAUACACAUAAGAAUUCACACAGGAGAAAAACCCUUUGGUUGCUCAGUUUGUGGUAAAGGUUUCACUUGCAAAGUAGGAUUUGUAACACACAUGAGAACACACAGUGGAGAAAAACCUUUUAGUUGUCCCGUUUGUCAUAAAACAUUUUCUCGAAAGGAUCAUAUGGGAACGCACUUGAAAACACAUACAAGAGAAAAACCCUUUUGUUCCGUUUGUGGUGGAAAGUUUCCUCAUAAGUCCAGUUUGAAUAUGCACAUGUGUGCGCACGACACGGAGAGAAAAAAAGUUUUAUUACAGUAGUCCACCUUUUAAAUUAAUUUUAUUCUUCUGAAGAGCUGUACUGGCUCUUUUUUUUUUUUUUUUUUUUUUAUAAAUUGUACAGUACACAAGUCAUUGUUUUCUUCAACGUACUAAACAGCGGAUACAUCAUCUUCGCUUUUACCCAAUGUUGGUAUCUGUACUGAUUUACUUUUGUGUGUGUGUGUGUGUGCGCGCGCAUGUGCACGUGUAUAAAUGCCAUUGUCCGAAUUAUUCCAGACCUAACGGUGUGUUUUCAAAAUGUAAGCAUCACCUGUAAAACGAUGCAAAAUCUAUAUAAAAUGUACAUGUACCAUAA